AUUCGAAUAAUUGACAUCUCAUGGUUAUGUAUGAUAUGAUGUAUUAUUUUGUCAAGUUUUUUUGAAUAUUUUGUAUAAAUUAGGCAACAAGGUGCUACUCGCCGAUAAUAAUUGAACGAUUUAUUAUUUAUAUUUCUCGUGCGACAGAUGUCUGUCAAUUUGUGAUUUCGUUUCAAGAUAAGCCGAACAUCAAACACACAUGAAUACUGAGGAAGAUGACAAUUCUUGAGGAAGAUGUGAUCUCUUUGCGCCCCAAGCAAACUCCAACGGAAAACAAAUACAUAACCAGUGAGCAAAUCAAACGGAAAUAUUUAUUCAAGGAAGACUCAGUGCCACCAAAAAGGCAAGCAUUUGACAUGUUGAACGGGUAUCGAGAAAGAAAUGGGGACAACCAAGAUUCCCCUGUGUCUACCUUAUCCAAUAUGGGCAACACCUGUUUUUUAAACAGUGUUUUGUACACUUUGCGCUUUGCUCCAACAUUCCUGCACAAUCUCCAUCAUCUGAUCGGGGAUUUGGCUCUAGUGGGCUCGAGGUUGAGUCAAAACAAGGCUAAAACCUCAUCUUUGGGCAGGAAUAUUGGGUCCAUCACUGACCCUAGCUCUAGAAGUACCAGCAGCAAAGAUCUGCUGUCUCUAGGUGGCUCCAAUGACCUCAUUCCCAAAUCCAAGGUGCAGAUUGUCACUGAGAAGCUUCAUGAGCUUUUCCAGAUCAUGCACAACCUGGAAAUGAAGGAGUCUAUGGAUCCUUAUCAGCCUGUGGCUUUGCUUCAAGCAAUAAGAGAGGCUAAUUCAAUUUUUGAAGGGAACAAUCAGCAAGAUGCUCAUGAAUUGCUGGUUUAUUUGCUGGAUAAUAUUCGAGAAACUGGUGAUGUUUUGGCUCAGCAAGUGCAGCAGUAUCCUGAGCUGUUGAAUGAAACUGAGACCACUCCAAUGAAUAGUAGGAAAAUAUGGGCUAGAAGACCAGCUUGGGCUAAAAGCUACAAGAAGAAAGAUAAAGGUGCUAAAGAAGCUAUAUCAGAGGAACACAUAAAUGGUUCCAAUUCCACAGACAUAGGGGAUUCUGGCAGUGUUGACAGCAAUAAUGAAACUACUGGCAAUAGAAAAAUAGGAUACAACUUUGUGGCCGAAGAUUUCGAGGGCAUCACGUUGAGACGUACGAAAUGUUUGGAAUGCGAGUGCGUGACAGAACGGAAAGAACCGUUCUACGACAUUCCCGUGCCGAUUUCCGUCAAAGACGACGAUCGAGAAUCGACGAACGUCUCGAACGAGCACGACAUUUUCCGAAGAGCGUGCGUCACCACGGAGAAAUUGUGCGACGCCAACAAAUACCUGUGCGAAACAUGCUCGAGAUACAACGAGGCUAGCAGAGAGGUAUUAUUCGAGAAACUGCCCAAAAUGAUGGUCCUCCAACUGAAAAGAUUCACCACGACGACAUCUGGCGUCCAAAAAGUGAACACUUACCUGCCCACUCCGCUCGUCCUACGCUGCUUUUGCGAAACCUGCUGCAAGAUGGAGGACACCGACCGACCCCCCCACCACCGCUACCAGCUCUGCUGCGUCAUAAUGCACGUGGGCGGCUCGAUGGCUUCGGGCCACUACAUCACCUACGUGAGGGGCGGCAACGACGCUGCCCCGCCUCGAGACUAUUGCGACUGCCCGCGCGAUACGCCCAAGGGCGGCAGCUUGUCGGCCAGCAGCAGCGAGAAGGCGCUGAACGUGAUCAACAGGUUGUUGAAGACCAGGGGGGUAGUGGAGGGGAGGAACGGCUUGGGAUCCAAAAGUGUCGUGCACGGCAUGCGCACAUGCAAAAGCAUCGACUGCUGCGGCCUGCGCACCAACAAGACCGUCCUCGAGAACGCCAUCAACGGCUUGCCGAAGAAAACCGACCGCGACCGACCGUUGCCGAGUCGGCCCGACGACGUCUGGCUGGAGUGCGACGACGAGACCGUCAAGCCCAUCACCACCGAGGAGUUCGUCGAGGAGUUGAGCUUCAAGCCCAACUCCACUUCUACGCCCUAUCUGCUCUUUUACGCCAAAAUAACGGAUUAAUGGUAACGAUUGGAUUUUUUUGCGAGCGAUUGAAUCAUGAAUCUCUUUGAAACGUUAUUCCAUUUUUUUAUUUAUUCGUUUUUGGUACGGGAGUUUUGGGGCCCCCCCGUUGUUUUCUUUUGCGACUCUCGAGAAAACUUCCAGGAUGAGUUCUUUCAUAUUUUUUGGUGUCUCAAGUACGUUAACAGGAAAGAAGCAAUUGAAUAUCACAGAAAAAAGUUGUAAGCAUCUCAAUAACACCGAAAAAAUUCAAAUGAUGUUUCCUUGGGACAUUCUAGCAAUUGAAGUUCAUAUAAACAUGUGUCCUAACUUGCUCCGUUUUUGAGAUACAGGAUGUUGAAGUUCGAAGUAUUAAUUGUUUUCAUUUAUAACCCCCCUGUAUAAGCCUUCAUGGUGCCAAAAUUCAGUAUGGAUGGAGACUGAGAAAGCCCCAAAAUUUCAAAAUGAUUCUAAUUGAGGUUAUUGAGUAAUCUCAAUGAAAGUCUUUUCUAUGGAGAAAUGACAACAUGGUGACAGCUGAGCGACAUCUUCAAGUAUUUUUUAUAUGCCCGGAAACUUCUCAAAAUGAUUCUAAUUGAGGUUAUUGAGUAAUCUCAAUGAAAGUCUUUUCUAUAGAGAAUAGACAACAUGGUGGCAGCUGAGCGACAUCUUCAAGUAUUUUUUAUAUGUCCGGAAACUUCUCAAAAUAAUUCUAAUUGAGGUUAUUGAGUAAUCUCAAUGAAAGUCUUUUCUAUAGAGAAUUGACAACAUGGUGGCAGCUGAGCGACAUCUUCAAGUAUUUUUUAUAUGUCCGGAAACUUCUCAAAAUGAUUCUAAUUGAGGUUAUUGAGUAAUCUCAAUGAAAGUCUUUUCUAUGGAGAAAUGACAACAUGGUGACAGCUGAGCGACAUCUUCAAGUAUUUUUUAUAUGUCCGGAAACUUCUCAAAAUGAUUCUAAUUGAGGUUAUUGAGUAAUCUCAAUGAAUGUCUUUUCUAUGGAGAAAUGACAACAUGGUGACAGCUGAGCGACAUCUUCAAGUAUUUUUUAUAUGUCCGGAAACUUCUCAAAAUGAUUCUAAUUGAGGUUAUUGAGUAAUCUCAAUGAAUGUCUUUUCUAUGGAGAAAUGACAACAUGGUGACAGCUGAGCGACAUCUUCAAGUAUUUUUUAUAUGUCCGGAAACUUCUCAAAAUGAUUCUAAUUGAGGUUAUUGAGUAAUCUCAAUGAAAGUCUUUUCUAUGGAGAAAUGACAACAUGGUGACAGCUGAGCGACAUCUUCAAGUAUUUUUUAUAUGUCCGGAAACUUCUCAAAAUGAUUCUAAUAAUUGAGGUUAUUGAGUAAUCUCAAUGAAAGUCUUUUCUAUGGAGAAAUGACAACAUGGUGGCAGCUGAGCGACAUCUUCAAGUAUUUUUUAUAUGUCCGGAAACUUCUCAAAAUGUUUCUAAUUGAGGUUAUUGAGUAAUCUCAUUGAAAGUCUUUUCUAUGGAGAAAUGACAACAUGGUGACAGCUGAGCGACAUCUUCCAGUAUUUUUUAUCUGUCCGUAAACUUCUCAUAAUUCUCAAUAGUUUUAUCUUGUACACUCUAAUUCUGAAUUCAAUUGUUUCAAACGUCUUAAAAGUGACAUUUUCGUCUUUUCUUACCCAACCAAAAAAACGAAUAUUGCUUUCAAUCAAGUUUGCUUCGGAAAAAAUUAAGCUACGAAAACGAUUUUUUUCCAGGACAAACUUGAUUGAAAGCAACAUUCGACCAUUUGGUUGGGUUUGAAAUGACCAAAAGCAAAACGUCAUUUCUGAAACGUUGAAAUUUCGAUAAUCAUUGAAACUGUCCUAGAAAAUUUGAAAAUGGACUAAUAUACGGGAUGGUCCAUUUAAAAAAA